UUAUUUUAAAGAAGGGCAGGCCCAUAAGAUGGUGAGACCCCUCAUUCUGGUGGCGGUGGCCUCUUAUCUGGACUCUCUGCUGUUCCCCAUAUCAAAUGUCUCUCUUCUCCAGCAACCCCGCCUUCUCUCCUCAGGCCACUCAGCCAUGGAAAGCUAUGUCGCAUUUAUCGGUUGCUGGUUUUAAAUAUGCUAGCACCGGACUUGUUGCCCGACGGGAGGCUUUGGACUUGAGAAGCAAGCUUGGAACUCGGUGGAGUUAUGUUAGUGGAUCAAGACUUGUACUUCGGCCGAAGGUUUCAAGAAUCCGCUACCAUAGGAGACGAUUUAGUCCAUCAGCUUCCUGGAUUAUGAGUUCACAAAUUGCAAACAGUGCUUUCACUUGGGGCACAGCUGCUGUUCUUCCAUUCUACACUCUGAUGGUUCUGGCACCUAAUGCCAAGCUUACUAAAAGAACUAUGGAGAGCAGCACUCCUUAUGUUAUUCUUGGAGUUCUGUAUUCAUACCUUCUUUAUCUGUCGUGGACUCCGGACAAAGUAGGCUUGAUUUUUGCAAGUAAAUACUUGCUGCCAGAGUUACCUGGCAUAGCAAAAAUGUUUACAAAUGAAAUGACCCUGGCUUCUGCAUGGAUUCACUUACUGGCUGUAGACCUUUUCGCAGCAAGGCAGGUAUUUCAUGAUGGUUUAAAGAACAAAGUAGAGACUCGACAUUCAGUUUCUUUAUGUCUUCUUUUCUGCCCGAUUGGAAUUGCUACUCAUGCCAUCACUAAGAUGCUAACGGAGAGGGCAAAUCAGUCACACUAAGGCUUAAAUUUAGCUGAACAUUUUUUUUUUUUUGGGUCUCAAUUCAGCAAUUAUGUUGGAAGAAUAAUGUACAUUUGAAAUUAUGCCUGCAUAUACUCUAGUAGGGUUAAUAUUUGAGCUCGUAAUACCAGAUUUUUUUUAAUAAAUUA